AUGAUUACUCGGUUACACGCCAUGUAUCAGGGAUCCAGAAAGAUGCUCAUCUUUCUCGUUCUCGUAUUUCUGGCCAUCACGAUUGCUUGCAUGGUGAUUGUUAUAAAGCAAAGCAUUCAUGUUUCGUGGUAUGAGGUCGUCCGCUCUGGCACCUAUCACUGUGCAGCCCAGGGACUCGACGACUCCAUUCUAAUUGCCAAAAGUUGGAUACUCACCACUGUAUGGGAGGUCCUUGCACUGUGCCUCGCAGUCUGGGUUGCUGUACAACACUUCCGGGAACUGCAACGAUCGUCGACAGGAACAACCGUCAGGGACUGUUUCACGGUGCUAAUAAAAGCCCACGUACUUUACUUUGCAGCCUUUGUUGCUGUUUCUUGCUUCAACCUCGGCUUGCUGUCCCCAGGAGUGAUCUCGGAAUCGUUCCCCGGGGGACUUGGGGUUUACAAUGGCAUUCUUAGAAUUAUCUCGCUUGUGCAAAUGUUUGUGCUGGGCCCACGUCUCGUCCUUAGCAUUCGAGAAUACCACGCUACGCUUGUGGCCACCUCUGACGAAGGAACUGGCAUGUCUACCAUUGCUUUCCAGGAGCGCCUACAGGUGUCAACCUGCAGUGGUGUGUAG